CAAAAAUGCAACUAAUUAUAUAUAUACAAUAAUAAAAAUUCAAUUUAUAGUAUUCAAUUUUUUAAAAGUCAAAAAUGUUUUCACAAUCAUUUGCUGUAUUUUUAUUUAUUAUAUUAGUAGACACAGUUAUUUCGAAACCAAGGCUUCAUAUUCGCGUGUAUGUACCAGAAAUAGUGCAGCAUUUGCAUCACACAAACACCAUUUACAAACACAUUCACCAUCACAUAGGAGGAAAAUCAAACGAGAAACCAGAAGAACCGAAGAAACAUUACCAUCUGCACAAGCACAUAAUAAAACCAUCUGAUGUUACCGAUAAAUUGAUCUCAGAAUUGUAUCGGAUAAGAAAUAAUGAUAACAAUAAUUACAUGCACAAAUACGAAGUGACUGAGAAAGAAAAGGAAAUCAUGGUGACUCCUCCCCCGAUGAUAUAUGGAUUUGUGCCCCCAUCACCAACCCCCGCUGAACACAAGCACCAGACCAAACCUGAUGGUGGGAAGUAUGAAUAUACCAAAUUUCAUAUAAGUGAAGGCUACAAUAAGGUUUUGCCUCUGAUAGAGGAAGGCAGUUAUGGUGAAGUGAGGAAAAAAGGAAAUUCUGAGACCAUAAAAAUUACUGACGAGGGAAGUGUUUAUAAAAAAAUAAAUAGCGAGCACUCAGAUAUUGGAGGUAAAAAAGAUGGUGGUUACUAUGAAGAAUCUUAUCACACAAAAAAAACUCCUAAAAACUUUCAUGGUGGUAGUACAAGUGGUAAACAUGAACAAGAAGAAUCGAAAAAAGAAGGUGAUCACGAACACAACAAAGGAUUCAGUGAAAAUGUGAAAUACAAUCACUUAACCAAUGAAGACUCUGAGAAAGAACAUAGCCAACAUAGUGGCAAUAAUAGUGAAGAGCAUUCUAAGAAAGAGUAUAAUAAGCAAAAUAAUAAUAAUAAUAAGGAGCAAGAAGACAAUCAGCAAGUUUAUGCAAUAUAUUAUCCAGUAGUCCAUAAUGCACCGUAA